CAUUGAAUUUCACAAUGACGAGGGAAUGGGGAUGAUCUUUAAAGAAGGAGCCAUAUCAGACAUGAAUGCUGCCCCACCUGGUAUGCAAAGGUGUGGAGAUUUUAGUUUCUCUGAAGAUACAUUCAAUGAGCUGAUGGCUAAUCCUAGACCCCCAGGACAAACAGACACAACUCAAGAAGAUUUUGAAAAUGCUAAGCAGUACAAUGAAGUUCUUGUGGUAGCAUUAGGGACUGUCUCUGCCUUUCUUGUCUUAUGUAUCAUAUAUACAGUGUCUAUCAGGAAGAACAAAAAACAAGGUUAUCAAAGGAUUCCAUCAGAUGAUACAAGUUCUGGAUGACAUGUUUUUGAUAGACCAAAUUACUGGUCCUAAAAAUAUUACCAUGGAUGAUAUCUACUAUCAUGCAAUCACAAUGGGCAGAUGUUGUAUUCACUUUACAAAGAUAUUACGAGACUUGCUUUGGAGCAAAAGUUCAAAAUUGCAUUUGACACCAUUGCAAAUGUUUUUUGUACAUUUUUUAUUUAUAUCUUGCAAAUAUGCAAAUAUUACAUUAUGCACCAUUCCAAAUGAUUAUCCGUAUAUAACAUGAUGAUGACCAGCAGUCACCUUAAGCCCAAGGCCCUGACUUUUGAUAUUGUAUUUUAAUAUUUUCUUGGUGUAAUAUUACUAAAAUAUUCAAUAGAGCGCUUACAUCUUCUAAUUCAAAUAAUGGAACAAGGCUUAUUAUACCAUUAUUUUUAAGAAUAUUUAUAUUUACUCAGCUUUGGUUAUCAAAUCUAUAAUCUAUUAUACAUUUUUGUACAUCAGUGUAUAUUCCUGAAACAUAUUGUCUAUAAUAUACACAUAUACACUGUAUUCUACUUUAGAUUACCACAUUAAAAUACACUCUAAAAAUAUACUGCAAAAAUAUAUAUAAUGCUUAUAAAUUCAGUCAGAUAUCAUACAUAUUGAAAUGCAAACUGUAUGACUAUGUGAUAUUGCCUGAUUUUAAUAGUCUAAAUGAUGACUUAA